UAACUGGUAUGCGUUUACAGACGACUUUUACAAAUUGGAAUGGGCUUUUUGACGGCGAACACAUCGAUUUCCUUUCAAUGUGGAUUAAAUAUUAAAGUAAUGUGAAUAUAUUGGGUUUUAUUGGGCCAUUCGGGAUUGGAAAUGUCGCAACGGCGUAAAAGAGCUACCAUAAACCUGUGAAGUUUUCUAUUAAAGAUUUUGAUGGAUGCUUUAACGUUACCCGUGUUUUGUUACAAACGAGACCCAAUCGUCACGACUUGAGAUUUAAACGGAUUUAUACGGAGAUAUACUUUUUAUCAUAAUCAAAUCCAUUUUGGUUAGGAGUACAGAACAAAGUGGCUUACCGUGGGAAUUAUUAAUAAUAAGAACAAAUGGACUGUAUUGAUAAAUUAAUGUAUACAAACAAACAGAGUGUACACAAAAGGAAUUUAAAUUAGGAAAAAAUGUGCUCAGUUAAUGUAUGAAUUAUUAAUUUGCUGACAGAAAUUACGGCUGCAUUCAGAUUAUAUAAUGGAACAGCGGUAGGGGACUAAGUGUCUAGGCACUGCAAUAUUAAAGUCUUAUACAUUAUUAAAAUCGUGAGGAUGUUGACACAUGAGGCAUGGGGCAAAACAAUUAAGGUUUCAUUGUAAUAUUGAAAGAAACGGAGUGAUCAGAUGUGUUGAAACUCUCUAUAAAAGCCACAAUGAGUUCCGAUAGCGUCAUAGAAGAGGAUAUUCUGGAACAGAUUGAUGAUGAAAGUGAAGAAGGAGAUGACAUAAGUAAAGAAAUUGGCGAUAAAAGAAAAGAGAUAGAAGAUAAAACCAUUGAAAAUAUAGAGGAGAAAAGUGUUGGCCAUUUCGAUAAGAAAGGUGAUGAUGAAUGUUGUAAUAGUGAAUUAGAAACACGCGUUGAAUCUAAGCAGGAAACAGCAAAGUUGAAUGCAGACAUUGAUAAUAAAGUUAGUAUCGCAGUUAUUAACUACUCUGGGCUACUGGCUGAGAAUGUUUUACAGGAAGCUCUUCUUAUAAAUGACAUAUAUUCAAAGGACAUUAUAAAUCUAAAUGUGGAUGAACACAGUGACAGGGACAGAGACAGAGACAUAAGAAAGCAUUUAAUACCAAAUGAAAAUGGGCGUAUACUUAGUAAAGAAAAUGGUGCUGGAUAUGACAGCUAUUUACUAAAUAAACUGUUGCGUUCCCAGGCAGACCCUGAGGAAGUGGCAGAUGUUAACGGUUUUGAUGGAAAUGAGGAACAUUUUAGAAGUAAAGAAGAGACAUAUCCAGGCCUCGAUAGUGAAGACGCCUAUGUAAAAGCGGAGUUAGAUCGAGUUAUUUCAGAUCGAGAGAUCAGUGACAAGAACAAUAACCAGAUGUCACUGGGUCUGAUGGACUCUUUUGAUGACAAUGUACUUCAGACAAUCCACGAGGAUACCGAACUUGUUAUUGAAGAAAGUUUACGGGCCAACAACAUGGAACCUAUAAAAGAAGUUACAAGUACCAAUAUAGGACAACUAGCUGGUACGAAAGAGGAAAUUGAUGAAGCUGGAGAAGCUGAAGUAGACGACGAAAAAUCGGUAGACGACGAAAAAUCGGUAGACGAAAACACAGCAAGAGAACACGAUAAAAAAUCAACAGAAAUUCCAGACAAUGGAGAGGACAAAUUGAUAGAAAUGAUUCUGAAUGAUGAUGAAGAUCCACAUGAUAGCGAUGGGGAAAACCCGAUUAAAGAAGUACCAAUAGAAGACGAUGAUAGUGACACAAGUGACGAUGAACCGGACUGUUGUGAAAUGACUUUCAAACAAAAGCAGGCUGUAGUGAAAGCUGUCAGAAAGGGAAACAUAAAUCGCCUGGAAAAGCUACUGGAGAAAAAGAAUGCUGAUAUGGGCAUGACAUGGUAUGGGGAAAAUCUAUUGAUGGUGGCAGUACGAUCGGAACAGCAAGAGAUGGCAGAAUUCCUCAUUGAUAACGACAUUGACUGGCAACACGAAAGAAAACUUGUCGAAAUUGACGAAAAUGGCAUCAUGAAUGUUCAUAAAAUAACGGCCAGACAAAUGGCGUACGAUUUAAAAAUGGAUGACUUAGUGGAACUCCUCGAUCAUAAAAUGAACAAUUUAUUCCCGUUUGUAAAACCUAAACCUCGAGCACCUCGUUUACGACAGCCCAUCGCACCGUUUGCACCUCCUCCAUUAGAUGAAGCAAUACACGAGGAAUUUCUGAUAGACCCUGAUGAAGCUAAAAAGUUACAGAAACAAGUCACAGAGCAGUAUAAACAAAGACAGAGAGAAAUUGAAUUAGAAAACUUGGAAAUGAUGCAAAAGAGAAGGAAGGGAAUUACUUCAGGUGCUGAGAAUGAAAGUGUUCAUACAGCUAAAUCAAGGCACACGUGUUCAGACUUAAAUGUAAUACGUGAUGAUAUAAGCCAAGUGUUCGGACCGGAUGAAGGAUACGAGACAAUGUCACCGGUAUCACCGCAUAGACAUGACUACCAAGUGCCUGAUAUGAAAGAACAUAUAAGCAUUCGAGCAACUCGUUCCUUUCACCUUAAAAAGGCAUUCGUUGCUUCGAAAGCGGAUCGAUUCAACCGAAUGGACUCCCCAGACUAUCCAAUGUAUCAGAACAAUUUAAUUGAAUCCAUCGGAAGUUAUAAUUUUGAAAGCCGUAGAUGGCAUCAUCCUAUGUCAGCUCCUCAAGUCAGGAAUUACUCAAUGGAAAGUCUACAAGACCAGUCUGUUCAUACGGGGCUGCCUUUUGUUCACGGAGGGGCAGGCAAAUCUGUUUCAUCUAGCAGUGAGAAGAAAAAUAUAAAUCAGAGGCGUUGCCAAAGUGCACAUAGUAAUAUUUCACCGUAUUCACAAGUUGCCAAACUUUUAGAACAGUCACGCCUUUUCAGUCCUAUAACUACUUCUAGGUCAUCGACCCCAUAUUUCCCAGCCAUAUCAAGUAAGAAAAGUAGUACAUCACCCCAAACCAAAACAAGAAUCAAUUAUAUCUACGCCGAUCGUUCUUCCGCAAAGACCAAACGCAGUGAUUUUUCUUCUUUGAAAACUGAAUUGUUACCGAAACGGAAACUCCGAUGUUAGCUUUCGUUGAAGGGUAAUUGACGAAUUGACUGUAACAUGUGUUUUAUAAACACAUACUAGAAGCAAUUUAUUUAUGUUCAAAGCAUUUUUGUUAUUUGUUGCAAUUAUUUGUUGUCAUAAUUUUAGAUUCUUGUUUAGACCAAGACUAUAAUAUUUUCACUGAAUUUCUUGGUGCUACGAUACGCUUUCAGACUAUUUGCUAACAAAUGCCAGUGAAGGGUACUAUAUUAAUAUUACAUAGCUGUAGUGAAUAUUGUUAGUCUAUUAAAGGGGCACCAGUAGCAAUAAUAACCAGUGUCUGACACUGAAAAGGAGGUAUAGUAUCGAUACAUGUAUUGGUCAGCCAAAUAACGACUGACAGUACAUGUUGUGCCUUUGUUAGAAAUCUGUGAUAUCUUUAUUAACUAGUCAUAUUUUCUGUCUCAGAAAAAAUAUUUACUUAUUCUUUGCAAGAUUUGUUUCGUUGAAAGUCAAUGCAAGCUCUCUCAGAACACUAAAAUUGCUUGUUUUUCAGAGAAUAAAUACUUUAAAGGUUAAUUUGAUAAAAAAACUGAUUUAGUUGAAAAGAAAAUGUCUGUUAUAAUUCGGAUGUGUUUCUUAUAAGAGUUGUGUUAUUAGUGGUUAUACUGUAGUUCAAUUUCUGCUCAUUUGAUAAUAAACUUCUUCCAGCUUGGCUGUGUUCAA